AUGAAGACCUUCUUCAGCAUCAUUGUCAUCAACUCCCUGCUCGGCGUUGGACUGCAAGCACUCGCCUUGCCCCAAUUCUCGUCGACAGAGACUUCUGUUGACUCUGCCACUACUGCAGAGGGCACUCCGACUCCCACUGCAGACGAUGUCGAGACUAGCUCCUCGGCCAUUGCUACUAGCACUUCCGCCGUCGCGACUACAGACGUCCCCUCGCUGACUGAAGCCGACCUCGCAGCCCUGCCCCUUAUUCCGGUGGCUGGAGACGACUCUGUAGCCAUCGUGCAGGCUAGCAACAGCUCGCUUCUCGAGACCCAUCCGGAGAUUGACGUUGAGCCGGCUGUUGAACUUCCUGAUAUUCCCGAGAAUAUCACCAUCACCCGCCGUGACCAAUGCGUCGGAGGACCCUUCUCGUCCCCACUUACCCCCUGGACGAACGUCAAGCUCCUGACUGAUCGAGUCUGCGAUUUUUGGUUCCCGAACAACAAUGUUUUCUAUCUUCCCGCCCCCCUCCCCGCCCCGGGCUAUGUCCUCGUGCAAAUCCCCUUUGGCCCCUCGCUCCCGACCCUGAACGUGAAAUACCAGACCCGGAACCCCGCGCCAAUGACGGAUCUGUUCACUCCCGUCACCAGCACCAUCUGCAAGAAGCGCUUCGACAGUAUCCUGGCGUUUGCGACUGCGCCUGGAAACUUCCAGUGCCCGGCCCCUCCGAAUGUCCAUGCGGGGAAUGAUUGUGAUGUUACCAGUCGCGCGGCGUGUUUCUCGUUUUAUUUGAACUAG